AUGGGUUACUGUUGCUGUUGUUGUUGUUGUUCAUGUUGUUCUCAUGGUGGUGAUGGUGGUGGUGGUGACGUUGAUGGUGGUGGUGAUGGUGAUGUUGGUGAUGGUGGUGGUGAUGUCGAUGGUGAUGGUGGUGAUGGUGUCGGUGGUGGUGUUGGUGGUGGUGGUGGUGGUGGUGGUGGCGAUGGUGGUGAUGGUGGUGAUGGUCAUGGUGGUGGUGAAGCUGGUGGUGGUGGUGUUGGUGAUGGUGAUGCUGGUGAUGGUGGUGGUGGUGCUGGUAUUGAUGGUUUCAUUGGUGGU